AUGAACAGCGACGGAAUUCAACGAUUUGGGGGAGGCUCUGUAUUUGGCGGUGAUACAUUAGAUUCGCCAUGGGUUUGGGUCAUAGAAGCAGCAUUAUUAGCUAACGAGCAAUACGCACUUAAUCGCCUUGAGGAACAAAGUUCAGAUGAAGACUUGGCGAUGACUCAGCCGAAUGCUCAUAUUAACGACAAAGGAUUAGUGUUCAAAGCGACGCUGCAAAAGAUCACUGAACGGUACUUCAGAGACGUGCGCGUCAAGAUGUUGCAGUAUUCUUGUCGGCAGCAACAGUGUGCAUUCAUGACUGCAAUGAUAUGA